AUGACUAAUGUAGGGACUAGAAGCAACAGAGGCAAAAGAGAAAGGGCUACUGAUGAUGAAAAUGCCUUCGAUGGUGCAAUCAAACAACAGAACAACUUGGUAAAAAUAGACGAAGGAAGUAUAUCCAAGCUGUUAAUGGAAAUACGUGAUAUCGAAAAGACGAUUAAUAAUAUCAUUGUACAGAUAAACAACUCUCUUGACGAUAUCACAAAAGAGAAAACCUUGGUAAACGAACAGCAGACAUUAAAAGCACCCAUGAAGCAAAAAAAAGUGGCUAUGCAAAUAAAUAUCAUACUCAUCUACACCAACACAUAG